CUAGCAGAUUUGAGACGGAAAGCUACGGCGUACUGGUCACACUCUAUUUGUACUCAGUUUGCAUUUCAGCAGAAAAAUGAGAAGCCUGGUUUUUGCCCUCGUUCUGAUACUACUGGUAGCCAGCGGGACGGCUCUGGAGUGUUACCAUUGCCAGCCCAAGAAGGCAGGUGGGGCAUGUCAGAUCACAAAGCUGACCUGUCCUGCUGAAAAAGACACCUGCGUCUCAGUCAAGUUCACCAGAUCCCCAUUUGGACACUACCAGAGGUGCACGGCCAUGGCUGACUGUGAGUUUCUGAAGCUGAACGCCUACAUGAAUGUCAACUGCUGCCAGAAUGACCUCUGUAACACCCUGUGAUCCAACUGGCCUUUGACCUUUCACACUGCCAAUAUCCAUCCAUGUCUAGAAUGUUUUAGAAGUUUGUGGAUAAUGGUUAACAUUCUAACAGGAAAGACUCAAAUAAAAAAUAAAUAAUAUGCAUGAAAUUCA